UAGGUGCCUUCAUAAAAUGCCCGUCGAGAAUCCCCUCUUUUUUCGCCCCGCUCCCAAGAUGGCGUCGAUGCGGGAGAGCGACACUGGCCUGUGGCUGCACAACAAACUGGGCUCCACGGACGAGCUGUGGGCACCGCCGAGCAUCGCCUCGCUGCUCACGGCCUCGGUCAUCGACAACAUCCGCCUCUGCUUCCACGGCCUUUCCUCGGCCGUCAAGCUCAAACUGCUCCUGGGGAUGCUGCACCUGCCCCGCCGGGCGGUGGAUGAGAUGAAAGGGGCACUGACUGAAAUUAUCCAGCUCGCUACCUUGGAUUCAGACCCCUGGGUCUUAAUGGUAGCUGAUAUUUUAAAAUCCUUUCCAGAUACUGGCUCCCUUAACCUUGAUCUUGAAGAACAGAAUCCCAAUGUUCAAGAUAUUUUAGGAGAGCUUAGAGAGAAAGUAAGUGAAUGUGAAACUUCAGCCAUGUUGCCGUUGGAAUGCCAAUACUUAAACAAAAAUGCCUUGACAACACUAGCUGGGCCCCUUACUCCCCCAGUGAAACAUUUCCAGCUGAAAAGGAAACCUAAAAGUGCCACUCUCAGAGCUGAACUCUUGCAGAAGUCAACAGAAACUGCACAACAGCUCAAGAAAACUGCAGGAGUGCCUUUCCAUGCCAAAGGCAGGGGACUGGUCAAGAAGAUAGAUACAACAACACCACUCAAAGGAAUACCAAAACAAGCUCCGUUCAGGAGUACUUCAGCACCCAGUGUUUUUAGUCCUUCUGGAAACAGAACUCCUAUUCCUCCUUCAAGAACACCUUUGCGCAAAGAAAGAGGAGUAAAGCUUCUAGAUAUCUCUGAGCUGGAUAUGGUAGGUGCUGGCCGUGAAGCAAAGAGAAGAAGAAAGACAUUAGAUACAGAAGUUGUGGAAAAGCAAGCCAAAGAAGAAACAGUAGUAGAAAAUGCUACCCCAGAUUAUGCUGCUGGCCUUGUAUCUACACAGAAACUUGGCUCGUUGAACAAUGAGCCUGCACUACCUUCUACAAGUUAUUUACCUGCUACCCCCAGUGUGGUGCCGUCUUCCUCCUAUAUCCCAAGCUCUGAAACACAGCCAGCUGGCUCUGCACGAGAGGCCUUGCAGACUAACAGACAGACUGAAGAGCCUGCAGCUCCAAAUGCUACUACAACUCUCCCUGCACAGUUCAAACAAAGGACACCCAUGUACAACAGUAACUCUAAUCCCCCUGCAGCUACACCUACCUCACCCCUAACACCCACCACACCUCCUGCCAUCUCCCCUGCGGCACAAGCACCACAAGUGGCCCCCCAAACUCAGCAACAGCCACCACCGAAGAAAAGCCUCUCUCUCACAAGGGAGCAAAUGUAUGCUGCACAGGAAAUGUUCAAGACUGCAAACAAAGUUACGAGGCCAGAAAAGGCUCUUAUACUUGGAUUCAUGGCAGGAUCCAGAGAGAAUCCUUGCCAAGAGCAAGGUGACAUCAUCCAAAUUAAACUUAGUGAACAUACAGAAGAUUUACCAAAGGCAGAUGGCACGGGCAGCACCACUAUGUUGGUUGACACAGUCUUUGAAAUGAACUAUGCUACUGGUGAAUGGACCAGAUUCAAGAAGUACAAACCAAUAACUAAUGUUUCCUAAGAGAUGCGACAGCAGCAGACUGGACCAAAUCAAGCUUAGAGUCAACCAGCUCAUAGAGUAUGUCAACUGUACAAAUGGCAUUCAUGUGUACAUUUCUUAUUACCCUCCAGAGUAGAAGUUGUGCUCUUCAACUAAACUGAGCUCAGUGAAUACAGAAGAUGAUGGUGUCAAACUUGCUUUAUUUUUUUUUUUAAUUAAUCUUGGGAGAGGGAAAGAUGAUCUUGAGAGGGGGACAUUGUUGGUGUGUUUUUGUUUUCCUACAGUUCAAGAUGCUGAAAAAAGAGAUAACAGCUGAAAGGUUACAGAYGGGCACAGUUUACUGCUAAGUACCAGAAGAGAAGACUACUGCAGUCAUUUAUGGUUUACUGUUAACUGAGGGCACAGAUCUUUAUUGUAAAAACAUUUUCUUUGGCAAACAUGAGUUCUGUCCUAAGAAUGGAUAUUWGAAGCACCAGAGAUUGGUGCUUGAUAAUUUUGUACUUCAGCUGCAGUAUAACUAUUGCAGAUGGUAGAUGUCAGUGUCUAAAGGUACCCACUCUAUGUUUAGCUUAUUUAUGCUUGGGUCAUAGGAUGAGAUUGAGCAGCUUUGUUAACUCACAGUAUUGUCAAUGUACCUGCCCAGCAUGAGUUAAUCUAUAUUUGGCAUUAUUUGAGAUUGACAGAAACUGAGUAUCAUAAUUUUCUGAAGAAAAAAAACCCAUCAAAAUUAUAAAAGUGAUGGUGGCUUGUUGCUGCCUGGAAGUGAUAUUUUCUUGCCAUAGGAGUCUUGGGGUAGAAGUUGAUCUAUGGCUCUUGCAUAGCAAGCCCYUUGCACAGCAUAACUUACCUGGAGGAAGGGAAACAACUAAAUCUCAAGAUCAAUUGGCGCUUAAUUUAGAAAUGRCCCUAGAAAUGGUUGAGACAUAUAUCUAAAUAGAAGAAGUCAUUUUGUUGUGUUGAGGCACAGUUAAUGUUAUGUUUGGUUGGGCAGUCAUAAUGUGUUUGAUUGCCAAGCCCUGACCCAAAAUAUUUUGAAUGACUGUAGCUGUGGUUCUUAUCAGUGUAGUUUUAUCAAUAUAAUUGCUAAUGUGGCCACAAUUAUACUGGCAUACAAAUGUGCCUUGUACUCCCCUGCUAGUAGAAGCACAUUUUUAUCUUUAUAACUGUAUUCACACCACUGGUGUAAUCUGGCUUUAAUAGUACAAACAAAGCUGGCAUUUACUGAGAGGAUUUAUGUAUGUAAGUCAGGAUUCCUUCUUGGGAGACUUGGCUGCAUCAUUUGAAGCAGACCUGGAUUCAGUGUCUGGUUUCURCCAGUACUUGUGUGUGGAGCUGUGCUUGGUUGGGAAUGCUGCUUAGGAGGAAGAAACAAAAAGAUGAGUGGCAGAGUGGUGAUGUACUGAAGAGGUACCUUGGGCUCACUUAAAGGUUCAUAUUGAAGUGAAACUUUUAGGACAAAAUGAGGCUUUUUUUGUUCUUGUUUCUUUUUUCUGAAAAGAAAGCAGACCAAAUCCCAUAGUACUCUUGUAUACUAAUAAAGACAUUUAGACGUUUGAUUAGUCUUUUUUUAUUGGGGAAUUCUUAUUGCAUUUUAAUCUUAGUUUUUCAAGCAAAUUACCCAACAGGACAGGGCAAGUAUAAAUAAUAUUUUUUUUUAACCCUGUAUUCUACAGGUUUUAAGAUGUGACCAAAAGUGUCGAUUUCUUAACUUUAUUUAAGCAAAUAUGCAGAAUGUUCUAGCUUCUGUAAACAGGCAGGUUAUUUGAUGGGAACUGCUGCCAUUACAGAGUGUUGUGCAUGUUUUAGUGUGAAAGUUACUCACAUAUAACUCUCACAUCGGGGCUGUCCUCCCCAGAAUUACCCAUUUCAGAAACAACGUAGRUUGUAAUUUUGAUUGCAACUUUUCUUUAUAAACAGCUAGAAACCAGCUUGACAAGUGAGGAUGAGUAGUGAGUUUUAGUUUUUAGGAGUUCAGUAGACUGCAUUAUGGUUAUGACUUACUUGAUUUCAGAGUGUUACACAGUAAGGGCUAAUGAUAGGAUAUGAAAGUAUUCAUCUUUUAAAAGAAAGGUUUAAAGAAAAGUGACAUUCCUUUUGUCUGCGUUCAGAUUUUAAAGUUUCCUUGUGAUGACCAGUUUUCUGUGAACAUGUGUGAUACUUCUGUCUUAACUGUUCCUGCUUGCUAGAUGAGGUGGAAGUAUCAAAUACAGUUGUUACAMAUGAACAUUUAGAAAAUUGGCUGGCUUGAGGAGCACAUAUUGUCCCUGUAAACUGUUGAUGCAAGACCUGUGCAGUUCAGUCGUGGUCAGGAGCUGCUGUGUUGUGUCUCUUGGCUUCCUCAAGACUAGUGGUGGUCCCUCACUAAACUUUCUGGGUCCACAGAAGUUUGUAUUUCAGACCUGUGCUCUGGGGUGGAGAUAGCUGUCCCUCUGCUCUUCAAGAAGCCCUCCUAGAAUGCAGUGGAGUCAUUUGAGUGCAGUAGUGUGUAGGAAGCUUAACCAUGCUGCUAUUUGUAAUUGCUGCAUAAUGCAGUURGUCUCCAGGCCUGUUUGUCUAAAGUCAGCCAUAUGCAAUAAAUGGAAAUUUUAAAUAGAACUAUAGUAUAUUUUUAGUUCCGUUAACUCAUUAGGAUGAGACAAUUUAACACUGCAAAAAUAGAUAUUUUUAAAGUCACUCUAUGACCCUCAAUAGCAGAGCAUUACUUCAACUUGAUCAGUGAAUCUAGAAAGUGUUUUUUAAAUGCCUAAAGGGAAGUUUCUGCAACAUUGUUAAAAUGAUACCCUAAGAGAUAAAACUACAUGAAUUUUUUUGGUUCAGCAAAUGAAAUCAUCAGAUCUGUGUUCUGAAAGUAAGAAUAAUGCCAAACAAAUCAGAAAGGGCAACAUCAAUAUUGAAAUUCCAAUAUAUUGGAAUUGUUACAUAGAGAACAAAAUCUGGCCCUGGAACUUGACAUUUUUUGUCUUGAAUACUCAGUCACUUGAAGCUAUUCAGUGAGGCUCAGUGUGUGUGCUGUAAGGUUAAACAAAAACAUUUCUUUACUCUAGAAUGACUUGUAGAUGUACUGAGUUGUCCAGGGAAGUAAUUCAGUUUUCUUAAAUCUUUGCUUGUGUCCUUUCCUCAUUCCUUUAACCAAGAAUGAAGUUUUAGGAAAUAGCAAGCCCAAACUUYWRAAGUUUGG